UUUAGAGUUCAUAAAGAAGCAGCGUUAUAUCUGCUGUGACUGGAGUGGAGUGGACACUGAAUAAAGCACGCGCCUGCUGUUCUCUGAGGAGCUGUUUUAAUAAUCCUUUUCUUUGUGUUUAAUGUUUUAAAUGUUAUUUUUGACUGUAGAUAUGUCAGCACUUUGUUGACCGCUCAUCUCCCCUAAAGAGGCGCUGAACUUCUCUCACCAGGAGGAGAGAUUUACUGUCUGUGUGUCGAGUUUAAUAUAGAGAGGAGCUGGGAACUGUAAGCAGGAGCUGUUCAGUCCACACUCGCCUUUUUUCCUCGGUAAAACUUCUCCCGCGUCUGUUUCUUUGCUCCGGGAGAACUUGGUCAUGUCCUCGGCGGCGGAGGGGUCCGAGCUUAGCCGGCGGUUCUGCGUGCUGUCCUGGGAGCAGGUGCAGCGGCUGGACUCCAUCCUGGGGGAGAGCGUGCCCAUCCACGGCCGCGGGAACUUCCCCACACUGUCCGUCCAGCCCCGGCAGAUCGUCCAGGUGGUCCGGGCCAGGCUGGAGGAGAGGGGUGUGGCAGUUCGGGAUGUAAAGCUCAACGGUUCGGCAGCUAGCCACGUGCUGCACCAGGACACUGGCCUGGGCUACAAGGACCUCGACCUUAUCUUCGGCCUGAGCCUGACAGACGACAAGACCUUCCGUCUGGUGAAGGACGUUGUGCUGGACAGCCUGCUGGAGUUCCUGCCGGUGGGCGUGAGCCGCGAACGCAUCAGCGCCCUCACGCUGAAGGAGGCGUACGUGCAGAAGCUGGUGAAAGUGUGCAACGACACUGACCGCUGGAGCCUCAUCUCGCUGUCCAACAACACGGGCAAGAACGUGGAGCUGAAGUUCGUGGACUCUCUGCGGCGGCAGUUCGAGUUCAGCGUGGACUCCUUCCAGAUCGGCCUGGACUCGCUGCUGCUGUUCGACCGCUGCUCUGAGACGCCCAUGUCCGAGAGCUUCCACCCCACCGUGCUGGGAGAAAGCAUGUACGGAGACUUCGAGGAGGCGCUGGGUCACCUGCGCUCCAAGACCAUCGCCACGCGCAGCCCCGAGGAGAUCCGCGGAGGUGGUCUUCUCAAGUACUGCCACCUGCUCGUCCGCGGCUUCCGCCCUGUUUCAGAAUCGCAGAUAAAGACGCUGCAGCGCUACAUGUGCUCGCGCUUUUUCAUCGACUUCCCGGACAUCGGCGAGCAGCAUCGCAAGCUGGAGGCCUACCUGCAGAACCACUUCAACGGCAUAGAGCACAAGCGCUACGAGUGCCUGGUGACGUUGCGACGCGUGGUGGACGAGAGCACCGUGUGCCUGAUGGGCCACGAGAGACGACAGACUCUGGCGCUGAUCUCGGCGCUGGCCUUACGAGUGCUAGCCGAGCAAAACGCCAUCCCCGCUCUGGCUAACAUCACCUGCUACUACCAGCCCGCACCGUACGUGAGAGACGUCAACUUCAGUAACUACUACGUGGCGCGUGUGCACUCGCCCAUACCUGCCUGCAGCAGCACCUACCGGACGUGGCUGCCCUGCAGCUGAGCGGCAGGAAGAAGCCAUCUUCUUUUUUAAUUUUUUUUUUUAUCAAAAAAAAAAAAAGCUUUUAAAAAAGCUUUCAAGUUCUCAGUUUGUUUAUGGGCAGGGCGACGGGUGGCUCGAGGGUUUCAACACGUUUCUGUAGCUUCGUUAGAUACAAGGACAGACAACGAAAAAAAUGACGUGUACGUAAAUGUACGUAAACCUUUCUUUCUUUUUUUGCCAAAUCUUCAAACACGCCCUCAUCCACCUCCCACUAAGUUAUAAAGAACACUGCUGUACUGUAAUACUGGUUUGAGCCGUUCCGUGUUGUUUUUCCUUUUUUUUUUUUUACAUGAAGACUUUGGUUACUGUGCUAAAAAAGACUAUCCCAAGCACUUCACUAGUUCAUUUCUCUAGUGUAGUCCAUUUGUAUUUGACAUGAACUGUUUGUAUAACUUAUAAACACGCACCCGGCUCCCCUUUGGAGUUAAGUUAAAAAAAGAAGAGAGUCAAAACAUAAAUCCAGAUUCUCUAAUCAAACCGGAUUCUAAGUGAGAGUGCCGGGGCCGGGUGUUCACUUCUGCCUGUGGUUUCCAACCUUCCCUCUUAUUUGAACUUCUGAGGACCAAAGAUUUUAGUUUGUAGCUCCACAAGUGGAAUGUUGACUUUUUGUGAUUUUUUUCCAAGUGCCUGAAACCUGACCGCAAGUAGAAAAGUAUGUAAAUUAAAAAUUGUGGAAUUUUCAUCCUUUUUUUGUACAGUAUAUUUUUAUUUUCACGGUCAGGGCCUUGUCUUUUUCAGAUCUUUAAAAAAAAUAAAUAAAAGGUUAAAAACGA